AUGAAGUACGUCCAAACCGAACAAAUCUUAGAAAUCCCAGAAGGUGUUCAAGUCUCCAUCAACGCCAGAACCGUCAAGGUCACUGGUCCAAGAGGUGAAUUGACCAAGGACUUGAAGCACAUCCACGUUACCUUCAAGAAGGUCAACAACAGAGCCGUCAAGAUUAUUGUUCACAACGGUGACAGAAAGCACGUCGCUGCCUUGAGAACUGUCAAGUCCCUCAUCAACAACUUGAUCAUUGGUGUCACCAAGGGUUUCAAGUACAAGUUGAGAUACGUCUACGCGCAUUUCCCAAUCAACGUUAACACCGUUGAAAUCGAUGGUCAACAAUUCGUUGAAAUCAGAAACUUCUUGGGUGAAAAGAGAGUCAGACAAAUCAAGAUCUUCGACGGUGUCACCAUCGAAGCUUCUGCCAACCAAAAGGAUGAAUUGGUUGUUACCGGUAACUCCUUGGAAGACGUUUCCCAAAACGCUGCUGACAUCCAACAAAUCUGUCGUGUCAGAAACAAGGAUAUCCGUAAGUUCUUGGAUGGUAUUUACGUUUCCGAACGUGGAACCAUCGUUCAAGACGAAUAA